GCAUCUCUUGUCGAGACGGUUGCUAGAGUGGUCACGUGAGCCUUUUUCCGUUUCCAGCACCUGGGAGGAGGCCGUCAGUUUUGUGUGCAGAGCCUGUGGAUGGAAGUGGAGAGUCCCACAAAGAUGGGCCCAGAAAGAAUCUUUCCCAACACAGAUGACGAGGGUGGUCGUGAACGGAUGCCAGAAGAAGGUGUGGUGGAAAUUGGGGGAGAGUGGAGCGGCGAAGAGGAUGAAGAAGACGGAGGAGGUGAUGGUGGUGGUGGUGGAGGAGGAGGAGGUGGUGGAGGAGACGGGGCAUACAAUUAUCAGCCCUUGAACCAGGACCCUGAAUCAGGCCUGCAUCUUCCCAGUCAGCCUGAUCAGCCAGAGGACUCAGAAAACCAGUCGGACCAAUUACAAGAUAUCCAGGACCGACUUCAGGCAAUGGGCCUCCACCUCCCCCAGCCUCCACCACCAGACAGUGAUGAAGAGGAGGAUCCAGAAGAGGCCGCAGCAAGGCGCAGUUACAGUUCCAUUCCUAUGGAUUCUGCCCAUGUGGAACUGGUCAAGAGAACAAUGGCAUCCAUUAGUCUGCCUUCACUAGGCGUCCCAGCCUGGGCAAAAGAAAUCACAGAUGAGCAAUGGAAGGACAUGGUGCAACAAACAAUCCAGUCCCGCCAGGCGUCGGCCAGCCUGAGGGUAGAACGGAAGUGAGCCUCCCACCAUCACCAAGGAUUGAAGAAGGAAAAGAGAGGCAAAGGGUCACUUUGAACAGCAAGAGCUUUACCCGCCUCGUGCGCUGCGCUGUGAAACCAAAAGGCCAACGCCACAUCCUGCCAUCUUGAAGUACAUCGCUGAAUGUUUGUGUGGCCUCCUUUCAUCAUUUGUGGCUGUGCAGAAUGUUAGCAAAUGAGGAUUAUGUUUUUCCUUCUGGUCGCACAUCAGACUUUUACAUUAAUUUAGUUGUAAAUAAACCAUUGUUCAUCGCACCCGUAGCUCUGUAAUUUCACAGAAUGUAAUUUACAUUUGUGCUUUUUGCAUAUCCUUUCCUUUUCAAAUAUGUGUUUAAUUUCACUUUUGCAUUGAACAAUAAAUCCGCCUGACAGAAAGCA